GUAGAGAGCAAUUUUUUUUGUAACAUCGCAAAUUGCAUUCGAGUUUGACGUAUUAUUUUUGGUCUGCAAAGAAAUUUUUGUCAAAUCACUAUUUUCGCAGUAACAAAUUUUUUUUGUGUUCGGCUCACGUGUGUACAAUUAUCGAUUUUGUGCUGAUAAAUUUAUACUUGUUGAGUAAACCAAUUGCAGAAAAAUAGAAAUAAAAUUGUUUUUGUCGCUUCGUUGUUGCACAAACACAAUUUUGCAUCGAAGUAAAGUGAGAGAAUUCGAACCACGCAACUGGUAUUUCAAAUACUGCAGAGCAGUAGUGUUUUUCUUCGUGUGUGUUUUUCUUUUCUUUUCGAUCACAAAAUGCCAGUAAAAUGCGAAGUGAUACCACCACCAUCGCAAUCCAAACAAUUAGGAUUUCCAAAGACUCUUUUAUAUAAUGGCUCAAAAUUUGAAGGUUCACAAAAAUCGAAAGGCAACUCAUAUGCCGUGGAAGUAUGUUUGCAGCACGUCGACGAAGAGAACUCAUAUCUGUGUGGCUACUUGAAGAUUACGGGACUCACAUUCGAGUAUCCAAUGCUGACGACAUUCUUUGAUGGAGAGAUCAUUUCAAAGAAAUACCCAUUUUUAACAAGAAAAUGGGAUGCUGAUGAAGAUGUUGACAGAAAACACUGGAGCAAGUUCUCCGCGUUUAAGAAUAAAUACGAGAAAACAUUCAACUCAGACAAUUUCGACUAUGACAGUUUAGCGAAGAGUGAUUAUGUAUUCAUGCGAUGGAAAGAGCACUUCUUGGUACCUGAUCAUACGAUCAAAGACAUAAAUGGCGCUUCGUUUGCUGGUUUCUACUACAUUUGCUUUCAAAAAUCAAAAGCCGAAAUGGAAGGUUACUAUUAUCACAGAUCAUCUGAAUGGUUUCAGUCGUUAACUCUAAAACAUGUGCCGGAGAGUUGCAUUCAAAUCUACGAAUUCAGAUGAAUGUGUGCGCUUAUUCGAUGUGUAUUUUUUUUUAACUUAUUGAAAUUGAUUAAGUGCUGUUUUUAAAAAUAGUUCGUUGAUUUAGUUUCUCAUAUUUCGAUUUUUGCAAAGGAAAAUGUUUUGUCUUGACACAUAUAGACAAAUGAUUUAUCUAUUCGUGGCUCCAAAACUAUAUUUACCAUAGAAUUAGCGGUUUAUCCAAAUGCUCUAUAAUUUAACAAAACAAAAACUUGUAGUGGUUUUUCCAUAUCAGGCUUUUCACACACAAAAUCCACAAAAAAACCCGAAAAAAAAAACAAAUUCGGAUGGAAGUGUUUGAUUAUUUAGUGCAUAAAAAAUGUCUAGUUUGUAGGGCAAUAACAAUUCGCAAUUUAUUAGAUCUAAAAACUAACUUCCGCCCGAUGAAAAUAGAUGAAUGUGACAAAAAUACGAACGAGUUUCGGUGUAACUCGAUUGAAGUAUAUCUCCAUAAAAAGGAUCUGAUUUGUUUGCCAAAUUCUUUUCAAUUUUAGACAUCUACAUUUUACCAAUGUAAUCAAUUAAAUUAAAAAAAAUGAAAUCAGCUGUAUACUAUAUACCAUUUAAAAUAUUUCAGAGAAAAAUGAAAUUCAUAUUGUACAAAUUCGUUUCAAUAAACAAACACACAUACAUUUUUUAUAUAUAUAUCUAUAAAAUAUGAUGGCAGUUUUCAGCUGAUCAAGAUCAUGUAUAUUUAGUGAACAAAAUACAAAAAAAGUAUGUUUUAGGAAAAAUAUUGUUGAUUUUUACACACAAACAAUCGAGAAAAAUGAAAGAAAUUUCUUGAGAUAAUGAAAUGAUUAUUCGAAAUUAAGUUAAAACAAGGAAAAAAAUGCAUAAAUUAUGAUAAUUAAGAGAUAUAUAAAUGGUUUAUUGAUACCCUCUGUUUUAUCUGUGAUUUUAACAGAGACACAAAAAAAACAGUCCUUCAAUUGUUUGAGUACUUACGAUCCUCGAUUUUUCUGCGUAAAUAUUAUUAACAUAUUCAAAUCCAGGAAAUAUCAACGAAAAACCAACAUACAUCUAUAGGAAAUUUUAACGUUUUUUAUGAAAAGAAUGAGAAAAAAUGAACAAAAUAAUGGAUGGAGAAAAAGAAAGAAUCAAAAAUUAAGGAAAGCCAUAAAAUAUGUUUAGCCAUUUAAGAUAAAUUUGAGUAUUUUUUGUUUAAAAAAGAACCUUUUUUCCGUAUAAUUUGUUUUCGUGAAGAAAGUUCGCUCUUCAUUUCAAUUAAUCUUAUGUUAAUGCCAAGACAGUUUUCCUACUUUUGAAUUUUGUGUCAUGGAAAUUUACAAUUUUGUUUUUACUUUUUAUUCACUUGCCACGAUUUAUAACUAUUUAUUUGAUUUGAAUUGAUAUGAAGAGAAUGUUAGGUACAAUUGCAAUAUGGAACAGUAUUUUUUACGAAUGAUUUCGGAUCAGCUAUAGUUUCAACAGUUAAACAAAUUAUCCUAAUCAAAUGUUCGUUUCCUGCUUAGUAUUUUCUUUGGAAGCCCCCACACCCACACAUAAACACCAAAAAUUCAACUGCAUGCAGAAUGUUUAUAAACAAAUCUCAAAAUACUUACUACAACCAGUUACUUUAUAUCAAUGGUUUUUUUUUUUUCGUUUGCAGCGUUUUAUUUUUUAUUUGUUUGUUUCGUGAAACAUAUAUCGUAUAAGUUCAAGUUUAUUUACAUAUUGAGUCAAAUUUCUGUUUGAUUAUUCAGAGAAUUUUAUUUGUACAUUAAAAACCGGAAAAAAAUAAUAA